AUGUCCGUCUCAAUCUCACACGACGGGCGGCGGAUUGUGUCCGGUUCUGAAGACAGGACCGUUCGAGUGUGGGACGCGUACAUGGGACAGCAACUGGGCAAGCCUCUUGAGAGCCAUACGGACUCGAUCAUGUCUGUCGCAAUCUCGCACGAUGGACGACGAAUCGCAUCCGGUUCGAAUGACAGGACCAUCCGAGUGUGGGACGCAGACAUGGGGCGGCAAUUAGGCAAAUCUCUCUCGGGCAAUACGGACCAGAUCAUAUCUGUCGCAAUAUCGCACGACGGGCGGCGGAUUGUGUCUAGAUCGAACGAUGGGACCGUCCGAGUGUGGGAUGUAUACAUGGAGCAGCAAGUGAGCGGGCCUCUUGAGGGCCAUAUGAAAUCGAUCGCGUCUCUUGCAAUGUCGCACGACGGGCGGCGAACUGUUCGUUCAACGAGACCGUCCGAGCAUGGGACGUGGAAAUUGGGCGGCAACUUGGCAAGCCUCUCGAAGGUCAUACGGGCCCAGUCACAUCUGUGGCAAUCUUGCACGACGGGCAGCGGAUCGUGUCUGGAUCUUCUGACAAGACCAUCCGAGUAUGAAGCACAACUGAUGGAAUGCUUCUGCCUUGUGGCGGCUCUCGAGGACACACUGAUAAACCUGAGGGUCUGGAAUCAAAACCUCACUUGA